GCGAAGUAUUGCGGCAGGUACAUGUGUUAUCACCGUAAUUAUUGGCAGGAACGACCGGUUCCCGAAAGCCGAAUCGUCUGCUACAAAGCGUUGAUGGUUGGUCAAUGGUUGACUCUUUGAAUAAUUAACUUUAGUUCGGUCAGUUGAACGACAAACGCCGAUCAAAGUGGACACGAGUUGUAACUAAAGCAGCGGAGGAACAAUGAAGAUAAGAGCUAUCGUACUCGGCAUUUUGUUGAAUUAUAUUGUUGGUAGUCAUCAGAUAUCCUCUCCAAACGAUGAUCACUACUGGGCAGGGGUAGUGGAGUUCAGUUUCAAGGAACGGUCGGUAGGCAAUGAGUCAGCUUUGGUCAGCACGCCGAGGAAUUUGGCCAAAUAUAAAGAUAUCAUCAACUCUCCUGAAGCCGAUCCGUUGGAUAUCGUUGUCUUCCCGGAGUAUGGGUUGAGUCAAGUGGAGACAGCCUCAUUUGUACCGAACCCUAGAGAUCUCAUUGCACCCUGUAACAAUCUUGAAUACGAGCAAGUCGUGCGAGAUCUGUCGUGUUUGGCACGGGCUCGUCAGAAGUACUUGGUUGUGAACCUGGUGGAGAAAGCUUUCUGUCCAGAGAACAGCGAUUGGCGUCCUUGUGCUCCCAAUGGCCUUUAUCACUUCAACACCAACGUGGUGUUCGACCGACAUGGACGGGUGAUCGCACGUUACCGCAAGUACAACCUUUUCGCAGAACCUGGCAUUAACAUUACCUCCUGGUCAGAUGCGGUCACUUUCGAAACGGAUUUCGGUGUCCGGUUUGGCACCUUCAUAUGCUUUGACCUGAUGUUCGAGCGACCUGCACUGCAGCUCGUAAAGCAAGGAGUUACCGAUUUUAUCUUUACAACGAUGUGGUUCUCGGAGUUACCAUUCUUGACCGCUGCGCAGAUACAGCAGGCAUGGGCCUAUACGCACAACGUCAAUUUUAUAGCUUCUGGUUCGAGCUAUCCGGAAAUAGGCAGCACUGGCACGGGAGUGUUCGCCGGAAAGCGAGGCCGGAUCAUUACAGUUAUGAACCACGAUGCAGAGUCCAAGCUGUACGUUGCUCAGGUGCCAAAGAUUGAUCGCCCACAGGCUACGAUUAAUCGUCAGCCGGUCAUCAAGUAUACGCCCAGUGAGAUGUCAAAUCUUAAACUGAAGCGAGAUCACAUCGAUGGCUAUCUGAUGUCCACGCUGCCGAUGAACGCGAGCUUCCAUGAAGCGCUGUUAUGUCAGGAGACGGUGUGUUGUAAUUUCACGUUGAAAUACACAGUAACGGUACCAAGUGUGCCUAAUCAGG